UCCUUGUGUAUGAUAAUUGUAACGCCUCUGUGCGCUUCCAACAAACCCGGGAUUUCUCGCCACCGAGGGCGGCUGCAGCGGAGAGAGGGGCUUCAUCAGUGUCACGAAUCCGGAUUUCCCCAGCCCUUUGCCGGCAGAGAGGGUGGGGAGGACCGGGGACAGGAGACAAGCCAAUGUAAGCUCAGCCGCCGUCCAGCUCUGUCGUUUUGACUCGGCAACUGCUUUCCCGCUGAUCGCCUCAUCCGUUCGUGUUCAGAGAGGGUCCUGUCUGCACGCCAUCAGUCAGUUUUCUCCUGUGUUGGUGUAUUCUGAUGGAUCAGUAUGUCUACCACUAAUAAUAUCGCCCAGGCCAGGAAACUGGUGGAACAGCUGAGGAUUGAGGCAGGGAUUGAACGUAUUAAGGUGUCUAAAGCGGCAGCAGACCUGAUGAGUUACUGUGAGCAGCACGCUCGUAGCGACCCUCUGCUGGUUGGGGUGCCCACUUCUGAAAACCCUUUCAAGGACAAGAAACCCUGCAUCAUCCUAUAGCUGCACCCCGCUUUUCCUGCCCUCAUACACACACACAGACACACACACACUUACACACACUCAUGCACACAUAAACACACACUCACUAUCUGAACAGAUCUCCAGACAUCCCCACACACACACACACAACUGUGAGCAACCCUAUCUGAUCAUACAGGGCUGCAUAUCCACACAUAGACACACACACACACCUAAAAUAGCCACACUGGAAAAGCGCCAUACCCCAGAGCCACAGCUAGGGGGCAGGUAUCUCGUGCUCACGGUGGCUGAGAUCAGUAUAUCACUGAGUAUGAUCCAAGGUGCUUUGGUAAUAUUCAUAUAUGCUGGUGAAUUAACUACAGCUUAACUUGAAAAAAGGGAUUUGGACAUUAAUAAUCAGUAGGAAACCGGUGUUUUCUUUUUUUUCUGUUCUUUUGUCAUGAAGUGAGGUGUCGGGUGAAGCAUGAUCAGCUGUGCCAUAGGCAGGGAGUGGGAGGAUGUACGUGGGCAAAAGGGUGGUAGGCGCUAGGCCGACCGUGCCAAACACGACCCGGUGUCCUAUUAAAAGCUCGACAAAUGCUUCUUUUUUCUACGGGAGUUAAAAAAAGAAAAGAAAAGAAGAGAGAGCUUUGUCCUCGAACCUGCUAGCGAUAAAUCAUGGCGGGUGAUUCUGGAGCAAGUGGCUAAAGCCCUUUGCCUUUAUCGGACUUAUAGCAUGUUCCCGCCCAAAACCUGUAUCAACAGACCUUUUCUGCCUGUGGCCUCACUAUGGCUGUCUGCAGCCUUUGGCCGAGCCUCCAGCUGUGCCAACCUGUACAAAAAAAAAAAGAAGAUAAGUCGUCUCUAGAUGCCGAUCUGCUGUCGCUUUUGGAAAUCUAAUCCUGACUCCAAAUCUGCACCUAUGAGAGAAAAGAACACAGUGAACGGCUCUACAUAGAACUCAAGCUAUUAACCGCGGACGUUUACUGCACUUUUCUUAACUUGUUUGUGAACUCAAUGUAUGUUUAGAUAUUUUUUUUGUUGAAGCAUUACUUAACAGAUAAGAUAAUACUGUACUUUUUUUUUCCCGAUUGUUUUGCUUUGACAUAGGUGUUGCCUCUGGCUGAUCAGGUUUCUUUUCCUGCUUGUAUUAUAACAGGAGAUCUGGUUGUGAGCCAGGGGUAAUACCUACAUCAGAUCUUAAACAAAGGUUUCUACUGUACAACAAGCCUCCCUGUGCUUUACCCCGAGAGAGGGCGAGGUUCACAGACCGUCCACACCGGGGGGGAAUCAGUCUAGCAAGGACUGUAAGGCUGGAGGAGAUAUUUUUAAAAAAAAAAAAAAAAGUAGAAAUGAAGGCGCCACCUUCCACCUUCUCAGCUCACAUUUGUCGGUUUCUGUAAGGUGAAGGGAAGGAAGAGAUAAAAUGGAGAGUCUGCAUAGAUGGAGGUGUUUGUUUUGUUUGCCUCUUUGGAUAAAAUCUUGUUUUAAUGCAUAAUAAUUUUGGCUAUAAAUCAGAUUGCCUGGCUUUAAACGUCUCCCCAGUUUAACAGCUCACUGUAGCGUGAGUUCGGACUGGAUCGGUCGGAGGCGGCGGUCCCCCUUUCUGUGUCGUCCUUCCUCCUUCUUCCUCCUCCUCCUCCUCCUCCUCCUCCUCCUCCUCCUCUGACAAACCAAACUUGAUUGUAAAAACUGAAGAUGAAGAAGAAGAAGAAAAAAACGAAGUUAAGAGAAACAAACUAAGUGUAUAAACUUUCUUUCCGACAUGUGCAGAAGUGAUAAGUUGAAGAGUAGCUGUUUUCGGGUUUUAUUUUUUCAGUUUUCUUCUUUCUAUGGAGUCCAUGGAACCUGGUCAGUUGAGUAUUACCCUGUACAGUGUUUGUAAGAUACAAAAUCUAAACACAGACUUCCCCUCUGUGGAUGUUGGGUUUUUUAGUUUUUUUUUCUUUAAGUAACUACUUACUCUGUUCUGUCAGUCAGAAUCAUGUCUGUCUUCUUUUUCUUUUUUUCUUUUGUCAUUCAGGUUUUAGAGCCUUGUGAUGGCGGAGGUUGGUUUUCUACCACGGAUAGAAAUACAACUGAUGAGGAUGAAAUAGUGUACCAGAAACUAAAAAAAAAGAAACGGCCCCUGUUAGGUGUAGGAUCACGUCCUGCUAAGAGGAUGAAUCAACAUCUGACCUCAUUCCAGUGGCAAAAAAAACCAACCUCCUGAUCUGUCCUUUAUCACCUACAUUUUUUUUUUUUUUUCCCUCUCAAGUGUUGAGUUUUGGGCAACUGGGACAACACACACAGAUCUAUACACGCCUACACUCUCUCUUGCAGGUGCUUUUCAGGUUUUAGGGUUAAAGGUUAAAGUUUUGAUGGUUAAACUUGCUGAGAGAAGGGAGCUUUGUGCCGUCAUGUGUCGCAUUUAACUGAGGUUGUUGUUGCGUACGGUGACAGAGCGGGGUGGACAGGACUUCUGACUGCUGACGGACCGUCUUUGGGGUUGAUCCCACUUGCUUUCCUGUUGUCAUAUCACUGGAUCAACAUGAUCCACCUGCUACACUGACUUUAUGGAGAUUUUCAGAGGUGGCAAAAAGUUGUUGGAGAGUUUGCACAAAUCUGUGUUCAAAGCAGACAGUCCGCUGGGGACACCCUGCAAACAUACCCUCGAUACUACACGAUUUAGUGCUAUCUCUCUAUUUACCGACACCUCUAAAGCGUGCUAAUUAACACGUUAUAUUUUGUUUGUUUAAUCCGUCCGUGCAAAACUGACAAUUUGCAGUUUUGCAGGAUUUAGAAGUGUCGAUCGGCGGAUUUUUUUUGUUACCUUCACACGGAGCCAGGCUGUAUGUUUUCCAGCUCUCAGAGUGAAAUAUUUGCAUAUUUUCCCCAAAACGCCCUUUAAAAAAAAACACAACUUAAUGAUUCACUCGCUAAUUAGCUGUUCUGUUUUAUCACCGUAGGCGAUUGCUCCUGACACAAAGCCUCGCUUCAUCUCUCAUUUGCUUUUGUUCCAAGCAGAAAGACAGAGAGAGAGCGAGCGAGAGAGGGAACAGGCCAUUUGAGGAGCUGGAGAAAGGCCAUAGAGAGGGCUGAGGGUGUGUGAGUUUGUGUGCAUGUGUGGGUGCUGCUGUUUGGGAGCCGAAAAAGGAUGAUUUGGCAGAGCAGUAGGCGGAGAGGAGAAAAAUAGAGGCGCACGCAUUUGUGUGUGUGAGUGUGCGUGGUCAGUGUGUGUGUGUGUGGGAGAAACACAGUGUGAGAACACACAGCGCCUCCAGUGCCGCGGUGCAGCGCUGCAGCUCCGCAGGUCGAGGUCAGGGUUAGUCGGACCACAGGAGAGGUCACGUGAUACCACGAGUCAGAGCAGCUCGCACGGCCUCCGCUCGCUCGUUUGAUCAGUCGGAGGCCCAUGUGAGAAAAAAAAAGGAGCUAAAAUUGUUCAGCUGGAGUUAUUUCUGAUGUGAUGACCGAUAAUCACAAAGCUGAUGCAUUUACAAUAUUAAGGGGGCUUUAUUUUGCUUUUUUAAGCCCUGGUCUUAGCUACAGGUUAUUUUUUAGCACUCAUUCAAGCCUUAGAGACCUCAAGGCAAAGCUUGGCAUUUGGAGAAAUUUGCAUAUUUGCUCUAUGGCACUUUUUUUUGUCUGUCUGCUCAAAGCUAAAUCCAACAGCUGGUUAACUUAUCUGACUCUGUAAAAUGGUAACAAGAUCCGCCUUCCUGCAGUCGUCUGUUGCUCGCUAAUUAACAUGCUACUGUAUAUCUCCUUGCUGUCUCACCAUCGCCAUGAAGUCGUGAGCUUCAGACGUGCUGGUUCGGGCUGUUUCUAACCUGCUGCUGGGUGUAGCUUUGGAUUUAGCAAACAUGGCAUCAGACAUGAAAGAGGUAUCAUCAAACUAUCCCUUCGCAAAAAAUUCCAUUAUUUUGUCUGAAGGGAUAGAAAGCAAAUCUGCAGCGAGAAGUUCGAAGUAACUCAGAUUUACUCAUCUGGGGCAAGUUUACGUAUUCCUAAAGUAUCGCAAGAUUCAGGAAAGAGAAAAAGAAAUCUUGUUCCUUGUCAUUUCUUUGCAAGAUAAAGUCAAAUAGGACGACAAAUGCAGAGGUUUCACACUAAAUAACACAAGCAUGCAUAUCAUAUCAGCACACACACAUACAUACAUGCACACACUGAUGUUGUCCUGAUAAUGCCUGACAUAUGCUAUUUUUUUAUCAUCAUUGUUUUGUUGUUUUUCAAUCAUUCCAUCCCUGGUUGGGCUACAAUCAGAGACAGCCGGCCUGAAUUGCUGGUUUGGCCGACGGUUUGUCCGACUGAUUGGUUGUUAGUUUGCCUUAUAGUGGCGUAUAUUGUGUUAAUGCUGGUCUUGGGGUUAUCAGAUCAACAGAACGAAUGGUCUUAACGUGGCUCAAGAUGGAAAUCCGCUGGUGUGCUGUGACACAAAGCGAGCCCGGCGAUAUUCACGUCCGGUCCCGGCGAGGAGAGUUGAGGCUCCUCGCUGGUGGACUUUCAUAUCAAACAUCACUGAAUUGGCUCUGAGCCCUUCCUGAGACUCAUCUUUUGUGUUCUGAUCUCCUGUGUAUGCAUACAGUAUAUGUAUCUUUUUGCCUUGAUUGAUUAUGAAGAAAAUAUAUCUAUUUUUUGUAACUGUUCUCUGAUGUGCCAUAACUCAUGUUUUCUUGCACACUGUUAAUAUUUUGUGGAUAUUGCUGUUAAAAAAAAAGACGAUAUUGAGAAGUAGAUAACAUUAAUAAAAAGAUGAUAUAAUAACACA